AUGGCUUCGCCAGUCGCCACAAACACAACCAUGCCCACACCCACCACCACAAGGCCGUUCGCCCUUGUGCACACGACUUCCAUGCCCUUGCGCUCCCUGCCAGGCAACACCUUCUUUGUGCAUGCCACCAACUGUCUUGGCGAAUGGGGCUCCGGCAUCACCGCGCAGCUGAAGGCCAUCUUUCCCGCCGCCUUCACAAACUACCACACCUACUGCGACAGCCUCAAGCAAACUUCUGAAACGCGAUACGCAACGCGGGAGGACAUCGUCGGGCGCUGCCUGAUCAUCCCGCCGCAGGAAUCCGACGUCGCGGCCGGCGCGCCCAGAGUUCACAUCGUGUGCCUGUUCACGAGCUACGGGUACGGGCGCGCGAGCGCGGCGCAGGGUUGA